AUGUCCUCAUCUAGCGAGAACACAUCCACAGCCUCUGGCUCUAGUUCUUCACGCAGCCCAAACGCCGCAGAUGGGAUCCGAGUCUUCUUACCACCCUCCUCGGACUCGUCAGCGCCGUCCAUCAUCCCGCCUCCAUCAGAUGACGACCUGAAACCCUCUCCCGAAGAGCUCAAGGCCGCGUUCCGCUCCACACUCUUACAGCGACAUGGUCCGGACGCACCGCUGCUCACGCGCGCGCAGCGAGAAAAGCAAGAAGCAAAGCUGGGCCUCUACUCGUCACGCAAUCGCACCUGGACGGCCGUCCGCAUCCGCAUCCGCUUUUCGGACCGGACGAUGAUCGAAUCUACCUUCAGCGAGUCGGAUACGCUCGAGGCGGUGUACGCUUUCUUGCAUUCUUCGCUGGAUGAAGAAAUGACGCGUGGGAAGAAGGUGGUGAUUUACACGGCACCACCGAAAGUAGAGUAUGCGAGGGACGAUAAGAAGUGGAAGGGCAAGACGCUGAGGGAUCUGGGGUGGAUUCCGAGUGCAGUGGUUAGUGUGAAGUGGGACGAUGCGGCUAUGAAUGCGACUGGGUAUCCGGCGCCGUUGAAGGGGCAGCUGAAGGACCGGGCUGAGCCGGUUCCGCCGCCGCCGAACUUUGAUCAGCCAUCAACGGCGCAGCAGGGGGGCAGUGCAGCACAGUCGACCACGUCAGAUUCAUCACCAAGCGGGAACGCGGCGAAACCAAUGCCGAAAUGGCUGAAGAACAUUGUCACUCACCACGUGCACAUUCGCACCGACGAACAGGACAUGCAACUCGAUUGA